UUCCUUUGGCCAUCCUAAUCAAUGUUCUUUCUCUUCUUUUACAAAGAAUCACAGUAUAAUUAAUCAUAUAUAUCAUAUUCUUUUUGUUCUUGAAACUUACUAAUUUAGAUUAAAACAGAUAUAAUUUAAUUUUUAUCUUCCUUUUCUUUAUUAAAACGAUGCAUAGGACAAAUGGAAUUUCUGGCACACACCAAGCAUGUGCAGCAUGUAAACACCAAAGGAAAAGAUGCACUGAUAAGUGCAUAUUAGCUCCAUUUUUUCCAGCUGAAAAAGUUCGAGAAUUCCAAGCAGUUCACAAGGUAUUUGGUGUUAGCAAUGUCCAAAAAAUGGUGAGGAAUUUGCAUAAUGACGAAGACCGUAAACGGGCGGCGGAUUCUCUUGUUUGGGAGGCCUUGUGUCGCCAAAAGGACCCAGUUUUUGGUCCAUAUGGUGAAUAUCGCAAAAUUUAUGAUGAACUCAAGUCUUAUCAAAAUCAAGCCCAUGCACAAGUCCAUCACCAAACAGGUCAAUUUGUGGCCCAAAAUGGGCACACUAAUGGAUCAGUGUACAAAACAGAAAAUGGGUUGAUUGGGUGGAGUGUAAAUACUAAUGGGUCAGCUGGUAUUAACAAGGUGAAUUAUAAUGGGGGAAUCCAUGAAAAUGUUGGAUUAGUCGAUUGUAUCCGAGCCCAAUGUGGACCAGUUAUCGGUUCAAGUAUAUAUGGUAAUUGUGGAUCUCAAGAUGAUUUGCAUGGAGCAGAGAACCUAAGGCAGGACAUGGAUGUUAAUGUUGGUUCGGUUGUUCCUCAACAACAACACUUACUGAAUGGGUUUAACCAUGGUCAGCAUUACUACCUUCCAGGUCAAUUAAGUCCAAUGGAUGCGAAGUCAAUAGAGAGUUCAUUAUGGGAAGCUGGAUCAUAGAUUAAUCUGCCUUUAUGAUCUUCCAACUUAUUUUCAAUGGAUAUACAAUAUAUUUUUUUUUCUUGUUCUAUGAUUUUAUGCUCAAAUUUAAAUGGCAUUAUCCAUUUUUUUUUAGUGUCUCAUUCUUCUUCUUCUUCAUUUUUUCAACCUCAUUUUUUUUUUAAUUAAAAUACUUCUCUUUCUUCAUAUUUUAUUGAUUUGUAUCCAUGAUGUACUCCUAAUUAAUUCAUUUGUUUUCUGUUACAUGUGUUCUCUUAAAUCUUAAUGCAU